CCGAGACCUACCACGGAAGCCGUACACAUACACGCAUUUUUCUCAUCUGCAAGCAAGAGGCCGGCCCACGCGUUACACGUUUCGUACGUGAUAGUGCUACAUUCCGGUCGUCGCGCGCACAGCACGUCCGGCGAAGCUGAGAUCUGAUGAGGCCCGACGCCGGCGUCGCGGGGAGCAUGGCGUCCAUGGAGUGGGAGCCCAAGGCGCUGUCCCUCCACGAGCUCAAGUACGCGAGGGAGGCGGCGCUGUACGUCCUGAGAACGCACUCCUCGGAGGACGCCGUCCGAAUCUUCACCGAGGGCCUCAAGCCGGUGCUGGGCGUCAGGAGGGACUCCAUGGCCGACUCCGACGAGGAGGACGACCAGGGUGACGAGGACUACGACAUGUUCAGUCCCUACGCGUUUCUUGACGAUGACGGUGUCUACUGCCACCAGUAUGGGCGCACCGCCGCCGAGGAACGAGAUGUUGCUACCGCACCCUUCUAAUUAGCUUUACACACCACCUAUUAACUAGCUUAGAUCACCUGUAAAUAUAUAUGAUUUUUUAUAAUAUGUAUACGAUUUUUUGAUAGAAGUGGUAGUUACUUUCUCCACAUUCGAGAAAGCAUUUUUCUACAGAUUCGGAAAGGCAUGUGAUGUAGAACUAUGAAGAUUUUAGAGAUCGAGACAGCGCGAA